CGAACCGAACUACAAAAAGUGGAGUAAACUUUUUCGUUUACUUGCUCUUCGCUUCAAUCUCAUGGGAUUUCUCGACGGCACCACUAUUGCCGCCUCCUCCAACGACACUGAAUGGCUCCAGUUUGAUGCCCUCCUUCAAGGGUGGAUUCUCUCCACCGUCACGGACGAGGUUUCAGAUCUUGUUCUCGCCAACAGCCCCUCCGCUCAUUCUCUCUGGACAGCGAUCUACAAGUUGUUUCAUGAUAACAAACAUGCUCGGGCGAUGCAAUUAGAGCAUCGUUUCCGCACAACCGUCAAGGGCAACCGGACGAUCAAUGAAUAUUGUCACCUCCUCAAAAAUCUUGCCGACUAUCUUGAUGAUGUGGAUGCUCCGGUGACCGAACAUGCUUUGGUUUUACAGGUUCUUCAGGGGUUGCCGCAAGACAUACGAGGCCAGGUUACUUUUCUUCAGUAUCAAACUCCUUUUCCGACUUUUUUGGAGGUUCGCUCGGCCCUCUUUCUUGUCGAACAACAACAAACAGACGCCACCCAUGGCGCCGGCUCGUCGACGGCACUCCUCAUCGCUGGCAGUGGCAGCGGGUCUCCAGCGGCGGGCGGACAGUAGCGGCAGACAGGGGGUCCUGGGCGCGGCUAUGGCAGUCAAUCUCGACCCUUCAACAGUGGAAACCGCGGACGGGGACGUGGCCGUGGUCGUGGCAGCUCGAAUCAACGACAAUCCAUUGAAAGGUAAAUAUAUACUCUAUAAAUAGUGCUAGAACCUAAGCCCACACCACAAACCUACGUAUAUACGGAGUAUAUAUGUAUAUAUACUACUCAACUACUCUAUUAUAAUCCUAGAAAAUUUUAAGUACCUCUAAAGGGUUAACUCAAAGUUGAGUUGGUUGAAUAUAUACAAAUUAAGGGUGGUUUGCCGAAGGUAUUGCCGGAAUUGUUUUAGAGUAUCUCACUAACGUCAUAGCAAUUCGAUUCAACGUUAAGGUGAGUGCCGCCGCCCGUAUAACAAUUGUUACUUAAUAUAAUACGUUGAUAUAUGCUAUAUUUGUUAUAUAUUCAAUUGAUUUAAUUUCCGUCACUAAUAAUCAGGAACACCACCGACUUUUACUUUAAACAUGCGUUACAUCCAAAUUAUCUAAAAUAUUUCCCAAAAGGAUUAUAUAAAGAUUGUAUAAGAGUAUGCGAAGAAAAAAAAAAGGUUUUGAAACAAG